CGUAAUACUCCCGUGAACAAGCUGACUUGUUGGAAAUGCUCGAGGAUCUUAAAUCUGUCUGCAAGCACGCUGCCUGUAAAAUCAGGGGAAGGAAAAGUGAAGCAGCAACAGGGAAAAUACUACAAUAUUAGACAGAGGAUUGGAUUAUUGAUUAAUAGCCUCCCUGUUUACUUCAUUGAAGGUUGUGUUGUGGCAGGUCAUUCCCCGGCUAUAGGGCACGAGCUGCCAUGCCAUUUGGUUGUCUGACACUCGGGGAGAAGAAGGAUUACAACAAUCCCUCAGAGGUGGCCGACAAAUAUGACCUCGGACAAAUUGUUAAAUCAGAGGAGUUUUGUGAGAUAUUCCGGGCGAAGGAUAGGAACACCUUGAAAAUGUACACCUGUAAAAAGUUCCACAAAAAGGAUGGAAGGAAAGUGAGGAAAGCUGCCAAGAAUGAGAUAAUGAUCUUAAAGAUGGUAAAACAUCAUAACAUCCUGCAGCUGGUUGACGCUUUUGAAACAAAGAAAGAGUACUUCAUUUUUCUGGAGCUCGCUACAGGCAGAGAGGUGUUUGACUGGAUCUUAGAUCAAGGAUACUACUCUGAGAGGGACACCAGCAAUGUUAUGAGGCAGGUGUUGGAAGCUGUAGCGUACCUGCACUCUCUGAAAAUUGUCCACAGAAAUCUUAAGCUGGAGAACUUGGUGUACUUUAAUCGUUUGAAGCACUCCAAAAUUGUUAUCAGCGACUUCCAGUUGGCAAAACUGGAAAAGGGAUUCAUCAAGGACCCAUGUGGGACUCCAGAAUAUCUUGCUCCUGAGGUGGUCGGGAGGCAGAGAUAUGGACGACCUGUGGACUGUUGGGCCAUCGGUGUCACCAUGUAUAUACUUUUGUCUGGAAACCCUCCUUUCUAUGAUGAUGCUGAUGAAGACGAUGAUCGUGAUAAGAAUCUUUUCCUAAAGAUCUUGUCAGGGGACUAUGAAUUUGAUUCACCAUAUUGGGAUGACAUUUCAGAUUCUGCCAAAAAUUUAGUGGCAUCUUUGAUGGAAGUGGACCAAGAUCAGCGAUUGACUGCACAGGAAGCCAUUGCACAUGAAUGGAUUUCUGGAAAUGCUGCCUCUGACAAGAACAUCAAGGAUGGCGUUUGUGCACAAAUAGAAAAGAACUUUGCCAAAGCCAAGUGGAAGAAAGCCGUUAGAGUGACCACCCUGAUGAAGAGACUUCGAGCGUCUGAGCAGGGCGAUUCUGGGGCCUCCGGUCUUGCUGCAGGGGCUGCAGCUGACUCCAACACACCCAGCGGCGCUCCUGCUCCUCCAGCUGGCAGCAGCGACAGUGUUGCUGCCAGCCUUAAGGCUGCUCUCAGUGAAAAGGCUCCUGACACACAGACUGCCACCAUCUCUGCACUCUCCCUGCCCACUGCAGCUAGACAGGAAGAGCAGCCACAGGCACGGUGCAAUGGUGAUGUUCCCCAAAUGUUGCCACAAAAAAAGGGAGACUAGGCGUCAACAAAGAUGAGAAAAGGACCAACAAGCACAUGUGCAGUAAAGCCAAUACAUUUGGCAUGAUGAUACCAUGUCUAUGUUGUUCGACUACCCCCCAGUGAGCAGAGUUAUUUCACCACAUUUAAUAAUGUUUGCCUUCUGUAUUGAUUAGUCUAUUGAAUAGUGUUCUCCACUCUCCCUUGUUAUUUUGUGUACCAAUCCCUUUAAAGCUAG